AAUUAUCACAUCAUCAAAUUAAUCAAAUCAAAUAUAUUAAAAAAUUUAUGAUGGCUAAAAAAAAUAAAUCAAAAACUGCCAAUAAUGUUAAUGACACUAAUAAUGAUGCUUAUGAUUCUGUGUAUUUGAAUGAUAGUUACCACGGUAACAUUGUCGAUAGAUUCCAUCUUAUGUCCAAUACAUUUCACCGAUUAUUACCAUUUCAAGAAUUGAUUCGUUUUAGUAAUCAUUCAAUUAAUAAGGUGUUCAUUAAUUAUAAUGAUGAAAUAAAUGAAUUGAAUUGUCAGAUUUUAACUGAUUUAAAAUCAAUGAUACGUCAAUUGGAAUCAUCAUCAAUUGAUUCAAAAAUUAAUCCAAAUAUUACAACAACAGUUAUUGAUACACCGAUAAAAUCUGUUGGUAGCCAUAAACGUAAAUACCAACAAAAUACACCAUCAAGUACGAAUGUAUCGAAAAUAAAGGAUUCGAAUAAAAUAACAAACAAGAAAGUUAAAAAACAAAAAUCUACAGAUAAAACUCUGGCAAAAUUAUUGGAUAAAGAAAAUGAUAAUCCUAAUAAAAUACAAACAUCAUUAAUAGCAAAAAAAAGUUCUAUUGAAGAUUCAGACAACAAAAAUAAUGAUGAUACUAAUGAUUCUCGAAUGUGUUUACGUACCCGUGCACGUACACGUGCCCAAAAUAAACGAGAACAAGAAUUACAACAAAGCAAAAAUGUUACAGAAAUAAAGAAUAAUAAUAAUGAUUCGACAAUAAAGAAAACAAUGGCAGCAAAUGCAUCUAUUCUUACAACACCGAAAACUCGAAAACCUAGAAACAAAAAUGUUCAACAACAGAAAGAAUCCAAUAAGAAGCCUAUUGUUGCUUCUGCUGCUGCACUAGGAACACCAAGUGCAAAAAAUAUUAAUCUACGAAAAGGUGGCGGACAAUUUCCUGAAGCGUGUGUGGUAAUGGCUACUCCAACGUUAUCGAAACAACGUGAUGAAGAAAUUCGUUUGAAAUCUGCUCAAAAAUUGGAAAAAGCAGCACAGAAUCGAAAAAUGAUGAUGGAACAACGACAACAAAAGAUACGUCAACGAUCGAUCGAUUCUCAUAAUAGGUUAUUGGCUAAUCAACAGAAACAAAAUCACCAAAAACAACAACCAAAAUUGGUGGCUACAAAUACAACACCAUCAAAACAAACUAAAGCAUUUAUGAUAAUAACAGGUGCUGUUUCAUCUGCUAAUAAAGACAAGAAAAAUAUUAAUGGUAAUAAUGUAUUUAAAUUUGGUUACACCAGUUAUAAUUUAUCGACGAAAAAAACGGCUUCACCAAAAUCUACACCAACUAAAGUGUUAAAUAAAAAUAGCAGCAAUAAAAAAUUAAUUGGGGAUAAAAAUAUGAUUCAAAUGAAAAAUAUUGAAAAAACGUUGAUAAAACAUGAUAACAAUGCAAUCAAUAAUGUCGAAAAAAAUGACAAAACCAUUGAAAUAUCGCCAAUCAAGCCUGAUAGAGAUGAAAAAAAAGUGAAUGUGACCCAAACUUUAAUUAAUUCAACAAUGACGAUUGAUAAACCAUUAUCAUCACAUCCGAUACCGCCAUCACCAAUGUUGAAUAAAACAAUUUUAAACAUAAAAGAAAGAAAAAUAAUGACACCUUUAAAAUUGGCAACAACUACAACAACAUUGAAUCAAUCACCAUUAAUUACACAAUAUAAAAUGACACCACCACCAAAAUUGGAAGAAUCAAUGAUAUCAACUUAUGAUAUAUCCCGUUAUUUUGAUUCAGAUGAUGAAGAAGAACAACUAAAAGAAAUACAACAAAGAAAAAAUAAACGUUUACCACCUUGGGUAACCGGAAGACUUUUUGUAAAUCGUUUAGCAAAACUUUAUUGUCAAAAUGAAAAAAAUUCAAAUCUCGCCUAUCGUAUCUAUUCAAAUUGUUCAAAACGAAAAAUUGUUGUCGAUAUUGAAAAAUUUGGAUUACAAGUAAUUCCCAAAUAUCGGAAUCGUACUAGUUCAAUUGUAUGGACAACAACUAACAACAAACUAGUACCAUCGUCAUCGUCACAACUACCACUACCACCGACAUCUUCAUUUUAUAAAAAUUUCAUGUCUGAAGACGAAUCAACUUUUUAAAAUAUUAUUCAACAAUUCAUAUUCAUACUCUGUCUAUAAACAUAUUGAUUGAAGUUUAAAUAAAUAAUUUCAGCUUUUACUAAAAAAAAA